AUCAUCUUAGUGUUUUAUUACAACAGAUCAUCUGUGUGUUUUAUUAUUCUGUGAUGCUGAUGAGAGGCUGUCUUUACCCACAAUGCACCGCGGCACAGCCACGACAUCAUCAUCAUCAUCAUCAUCACAGCUGCUCUCUGUUAGCCGUUAGCCGUUAGCCGUUAGCUCUCUCUACCAGCAGCUUCUAUCAGAGGAUCCACAGGAUGCUCCUCUCCUCCAGGGCUUCAGUGAGACUGCCAGAGCUGUAAGAUGUCGAUGGUGGUGUUUGCCUCUGUGGUUCGGGUCGGGGACGGCCUGCCGCUCUCUGCGUCCACUGAUUAUGAGCAGGACAAAGAGCUCCAGGAAACCAAGAAGCACCUCAAGGGUCUCUCCAAGAAACUGGGCCAGUUCCCCGACCGCUGCACGCUGAGGACCGGAGCGUACAAUGUCAAUUUUACGAGUGCGCUGGGCGUUGGGUACCUGAUGGUGUGCACCGCAAACUACCCCAACGUGCUGGCCUUCUGCUUCCUGGACGAGCUACAGAAGGAGUUUAUCGUCACCUAUGACUCCAAACGAAUCCGCAGCGCCGUGCGGCCGUACUCCUUCAUUGAAUUCGACACCUUCAUCCAGAAGACCAAACAGCGCUACAACAGCCCGCGCUCGCUGUCCACCAAGAUCAACCUGGCUGACAUGCAGACGGAGAUCAAGCUGCGACCGCCCUACCAGCUCUCUCCUGAGGACCUGCGGGCCAUCAAUGGAUUCUCAGUGCACACGCCCUCCAAAUACAAAGGCAUAGCUCCUACCCAGAUGUUGGAGCCGGUGACUCUCUCCGGCAUCGUGUCCUGUGUGCUCAGCAUCCUCUGCGGAGGCCUCAACCUGCUGCGAGGAGUCCACGCUAUAGAGAGCAUACUGCAGAACGACGACGAAGACUUUAAUUACGUGAUUGCCUUCUUCCUCGGCACAGCGGCCUGUCUGUAUCAGUGCUACCUGUUUGCCUACUUCUCUGUCUGGAGGAACAGUAAGUCCUUCCUGGCAUUUGCACUCAUCUGUCUGUCCAACAUGUAUCUGUUUGAACUGAGGAACAUGUGGCAGAUCCUCUUCCAUGUGGCCGUGGGGGGCUUCAUGACCCUGCAGAUCAGACUGAGGCAGCCACUGGGCAAAGCGCCGGACUACAACGUCUGACACAAGUCUUUUAAAACACAAAGAACAAAUGGGCCUUCAGUCAGACGCUCCCGCACAUGUUCUGGAAAUACAGCGGAGACGGCGCUGGAGACAAACUAUCCUCCUGCUUCAGGAAGAAAAACCAAAAAAGUCUCCAUCCCAACACCAGUGGACAGAUCUCAGCGUGGACUCGGAGGAAACUCUGCCCGACAUCAUUCAUGGAUUUUAUUGGAUUGAUUGUGAACGUUGUCUACUCCCCACCGUUGUCUGAUAAAUGUAUUUACUUCCUGUCAGAGCAGCCAUAGUUUAUAUCAGAGUCCUGCAUGUGUCCAGUUUGGCAAAACUCGUCUUCUCCCUGCACCCGCAAAUUAAGGAUCGGAACCGACCUGUUACGUAUCGUACAAAUGCAAAACCUUCCAGUACCAGACAUUUGAUGACAGCUUUCGAUACUCGAUCUACAGACACAUUUCUGGUUGUACCCGAACAUUUGUAACCUUCAAUAGACCCUUUUACAGUUGACAUCAUCAAAAACUCUGCGUGUGCAUGUUGGCAACAGAAGUUGCGUUUUGCCCCAGCGAACCUUGAUGAGUUUGCAAACUUUAAACAUCGAAUUGAAACGGAUACCAGCAUCAAAAUGUCUUGAUUGCGUGUUCGGUUGUGAGAAACAAGUUCUACAGAAUUCCGACAAGAUCAGGACCGUUUCACCGCGGGACGGAAGACUAGAAAAGCACUAUAUAAAAGCAAGUCCAUUUACCAUUUACCAUUUCAGAGCAACAGGUGUUUCAGUUUAACGAGUGACCGUGUUAACUGGUGACUUUCAGCUGUACAUGUGUGGUUACUCAUAGUAACUUACAUAAGUGGUUGGCAUAGAUGAUAAACACAGAUUGAUUGGAGGCUUUUAAGAGGACUGGACUGGGCAAGAUGACAAUAUAUAUUGUCAAAAUGAUAUACAAAUAUCCAUCAUAUAUAUGUUUCUAGAUGGUUUCUAAUCAUGAUAUAGGCUAGACCUUUAUUUAUUUAUUUCCUUUUUCUUUAUAAAUUCAUUUAAAACUUUGUUUGUUUUGCACUCAAGUUCUUAAAAUGAGAAAAUACUUAUAUACCAAGUAAAAAUACUUACAUACUAUAGUGAUAGAAGAUUUUGGCCAUAUCGCCCAGCCCUGUUUUCAACAGCUGUCGUCACUGCGAGUAACCACAACAUGUUUGGCUGAGUCACCAGUUAACACGGUCGCUCGUUAAACCAUAACACCGGCGGUGUCCGUGGCUGCAAGUGUUCACUGACCUGAGGACACAAUCUAAACUGCUUGUGUUUUUAGUGACCAUUUUAAUACUCUGUCAUGUUCUGUAUGUUACGUUCUGUGCAUGAACACAGAUAACGUAACGACGUUACAUGCUGGGUUUCUCCACCAAAUGCAUGUAUACAUCUGACCACUGGAUAUUGGGCCACUUGCUAAUAUCCUCUACCUACUCUCUCACUGAUAGCACACUAAUCUCAUUUUGUUUCCGUUGCAAUCUUUGGUGGAUAUUGUCCUUAAUACGCAUAACUUGACAAGCUAUUGCACUCCGCCGUACUUCCGUUGCCAAGCUGCGUCUGCACACUCCACUCCACUGUAAACGGGUCUAUACCCAGCCCUGUUAUUUCUUUGAGCUUGGCCAACAACCCGUGUGGACUUAUGGUUAAACAGAUGUUUAACAGCGUACAGCUUGAAUUAAACACACAGUAAUCUCUGUUUUAUGUACGAUGUAAUUGUAAGCGGUUAGGACUAAAUUUACUUCCUGAAAGAUGAACAUAAAAAGACUACAAGACGACUGGGCAUUCAUUUCAAUUUCUUGUCACCCACAACUCGUUAAUCGUUUUUUUUUUGUGUGUCCGUUACAUGCACUCUUUGCACAUGUGCUCGUCGUACACCUGACCCGGUGCAGGACUCUGGUUUAGGUCUUUGUUCAAACUAUGCAACGCUGCCUUGUGUGUGUGUGUGGGCAUACUUUAUUUUGCAGAUAUUUGUCAUUUUGUAGACAAUUAAUUUUGCUAUUUAUUAUUAAUGAAAAUCUGUAGAUUUUAUUAGUUUAAUUUGUUUUAUAAUUGCUCCAUUUUUUAAUGCAGACUGACGCCUAGUUGUCACAGAGUAACUCCUGCUCCAGCAUUUCAUAUCCGACUCCCUCGCCCACUCAGCCUCGAGCAUAUGCCAGUGUCAAGUGACUAUGUUAAUAAGCAGGACCGCGUUGGCAGCGGUAAAAGAUGCGUCGCUGUGUUGUCGAAGGCCAGAGGCAGCGCGUGUCAUCUGAGCAGCCUGUGGCAUGCUUUUCCUUCCGUAUACAAAUAAAAAAAAACUCAGCAUACCAUAUUUACAGUCAGGAGAUGGCACAUUCAUCGUUAUUAAGCAGCGUGAGAUUUGUUCAGGGAAUUAUGGGAAGAUUUCCUGCAUCAUUCCAAACCAAUAAUGGCAAACAACUGGAGAAGGGUAGAGGAGUGAGUCAAGUCUUUAUUGUUCAUGAGCAGCUCUGCCAGGGUUUUUAAAACAAUCUCUCGCUCACUGGAAGAAAAUAAAAAGGAGUAUAGCUGCACAGCUCCGCUCCGUGUCCAUCUGGCAUCUGCACUACAGAUCUGUCGGGGGAGCGCCGCAGCACUUCAGCCUCGUAUGAUUCAUCAUCACACUCUCUGAAAUGUUCCUUAGCGUUCCAACAGCGGCACCACACCUACAUGACCUAAUCGCUCUCUUCACAAUACGGCUCCAUUUGGAUCUGAGCUGGGCCUCACUGGCUCACAUUGUUUGUGUUCACUUUCUCCUUUUUCCUCAGCAGUUACAGUAAAUGUGUAGCGUGGGUGUUUGUGUAGAAUAGGAACAGUGAAACUCAAGGCUUUUUAUACUGGUUUAUAUCCAAGUGUGGAAAGUGAAUGGGGUCUAAGAGAGGUCUUUAAAACGUGGGAAUGAACUGCUGAAAACUUAUUGUAUGUAUUGUUGUACUCAUUUUUCUUAUUUUAAAGAGGACCUAUUAUGUGUUUUCCCGUUCCUUUAGUGUGCUAUAGAGUUUUUUGUGCAUGUAAAGUCGCAGAGUUACAAAGUCCACCCCAAAGGGAGUUACUCUGCCACACAGAAACACUGCUCCUGAACUGAAACGCCUCGAUUAAAGUCCCGCCUUUUCUUCCGUAACGUGGUGAUGUCACCAAGUAACACGGACAUGAGCUGACGUGGAAUCGUGACGAGGAAACGUUUGGAUCUUUUAUACUCCGUGCGUGUUUCUCCUCGCGACAAACCGACGCUCUCAAAGCUCUCCCAAGUUCUCUAUUUUCUCCGCCAAUCUGCGACCGUAUGUUAGAUCAAUUUGGAUGUGUGCGCACC